CUGUGGACAGGUGACAUAACCGUGACAUGAUGUACAGGACAAGAAGUUACAGUUUUAUUUAUAGGAAAAUUAUUUUUAUAUCUAUAUAAUAGUUUAUAUCUUUAUAUAUUUCGUUAUAUUAUGAAAUAUUGAAUGUUUCUGCUAUUUAUAUUGUGAAGAAGACAAUUUCUACGCCUCUGUCAAUUAAUUAUAUUUUAUAGAAAUGCCUCGGUCAAAAGUUUCCGAUUUACUUGGUAUACUUAAGGGAGCUCAAAGUGUGACGAAUGCUCUGAUAAAACACCAAGAGGACGCAAUCAAGUAUACAGUCACACAUUUCAGUUUAAAAAAUCUACCUGAACAGUACAUUCAAGCGGUGAGAAAAAGAUUGAGCGACAUAGAACCAAGUAAGGUUUCUGAACAAGUAGUGAAAGACUUGAAGGAAGUAACCGAACGCGCGAGUGUGGUUGAAGAAGGUAUCAGACAGUACAUCAAGAUAAUAGCCAGUCAAAGCUUGGGUGUGAAAAAUGAUGCUUACUCUCCCAAGAAGGAGACAAAAUUAUAUGUAUAUAAUGCUGCCAAGGACCCAAAAGAAAAGACUAUCGUUAAGGAUGUGGCUUCACCAAGAUACAACAGCAGCGAAUUUACAACCGAGAAGACUUCUGGAGGGAUACAAAAUAAUACAGCAAGAAAAUAUAUGACUGUGAAAGAAAAGAUCGAGACCAUAGCUUCAGAUAAAGAAAUACCUCAAAUAGAACUCUCUGAUAAGGAUAAAGAAAUUUUGAGGAAAUUAGAAUUGGAGCACGAGAAGAAUAUUAGAAAUAAGGAUGCUAGUUCUAUUUUUACCUCUACGAAUCAGCUGAAAACAUCAGAAAAGGAAUGUGUGCAUCAAGCGCAAAUAGAACCUAAGGAAAAACUAAAAGCUAAAUUAUCAGUCAAAUCAAAACAACUUCUGUCACCUACUGCCAGAGAAAGGAAAGUUCCUGCUACAAGAUUGCAAAGAAUGGUAAGCUUUGGCACCCUAGGUCUUGGACUUGGUGUUGGGACUGUUGCAGAAUAUACAAGAAGGACAUUAGGAUUGAAUGAGCAAAGUAUUGGAGAUACACUUGAUAGCAUGUUUCUAACUAAAGCUAAUGCGGAAAGAAUAGUUUCAACAUUGUGCAAAGUGAGAGGUGCAGCUUUAAAAAUUGGUCAAAUCCUGAGCAUCCAAGAUAAUACUAUAAUAAGUCCAGAAUUGCAAAAGAUCUUUGAAAGAGUCAGACAAAGUGCUGAUUUCAUGCCAACCUGGCAAGUAGAGAAAGUAAUAGCUAGCGAACUUGGACACGAUUGGAGAAAUAAACUGGCAUUCUUUGAGGAGAAACCAUUUGCAGCAGCAUCUAUCGGGCAAGUGCAUCAUGGUAGAUUGUUGAAUAAGCAGGAUGUAGCAAUAAAGAUUCAGUAUCCAGGUGUGGCUAAAGGUAUUCAAAGUGACAUUGAGAAUUUAGUAGGCAUAAUGAAGAUUUGGAAUAUGUUUCCAGAAGGAAUGUUUAUAGAUAAUGUGGUGGAAGUUGCGAAACGGGAGCUUGCAUGGGAAGUGGAUUAUAUAAGGGAAGCGGAAUGUACAAGGAAAUAUAAGGAAUUAAUGGCGCCUUAUCCAGAUUAUUAUGUGCCUACAGUAAUAGAUGCUCUCUCUACGAACCAAGUAUUCACAACAGAAAUGAUAGAAGGUAUACCUGUUGAUAAAUGUGUAGAUAUGGAUGUCAAGAUCAGAGAACACAUAAGCGAACUGAUUAUGCGACUCAGUCUAAAGGAAUUAUUUGAAUUUCGAUUUAUGCAGACUGAUCCAAAUUGGUCCAACUUCUUCUACAAUAUUGAUACAAAACAGUUAAUUUUAUUGGAUUUUGGGGCAUGCAGGACGUACGAAAAAGCAUUUAUGGACAAAUAUAUCGAAGUUAUUAACGCUGCGAGUGAAGGGAAUCGCGAUAAGGUCCUGCAGUUGUCUCGAGAUAUGAAAUUUCUAACUGGAUACGAAUCUAAGAUUAUGGAAAAUGCUCACGUGGAUGCUGUCAUGAUCCUUGGACAAGUGUUUGACAAUAAUCACGAGUAUUACGAUUUUGGGGGCCAAGAUGUGACAAGACGGAUUCAAGCUUUAGUACCAACUAUAAUAAAUCACAGAUUGUGUCCACCACCCGAGGAGAUAUAUAGUUUGCACAGAAAAUUGUCAGGAAUAUUUUUGCUAUGUGCAAAACUGGGAGUUAAAAUCAAGUGUCGCGAUAUGUUUCGAAAGAUUUAUGCUAAUUAUAAGUUUGGUUGAUACAUA